CAGUUCCUUCUUCCUUGCUGGGUAGGUCGAGAAGACGCUGCAGUUCCGAAAGGCCCGGGCGAAUGCUCUUAUUACAGCACGCCCAAAGCCUGUAAAGAGAAGCGAAGAAGAAUAAAAAAAAAAAUCUUAAGAGAAACCUGCACCAAGUUUCCAACCCAGCUAGCGAGAGCAAGAGUGCUGUUUGGGGUGGGGAGGACUUCCUAGUCCUGCAGCGAGAGUGAACAGCAGAGCAGUGACGUCGCGAUUGCUCUGGGCUGCCCAGCCAGUCAGCGGUUUGCGGAGCGGCGGUGCAGAGAGCUGAGUCCGGGCAGGCAGCGCGUCGGCACCAGCUAGGACAAGCCGCGGCAAGCGUUCAGGCACUGCGGGGCUGGGACGCACGCCGCCGCCGCCACCACCACCGCAGAGCAAGCAAACUUUGGGAGGAGGCAGACCCAGAAUGCGCAGCUAUUAUUCUGCAGGCUAGAUUCCAAAGCUCGAAGGGAGGACGAGGCGGCUACCGUUUUUUUGGGUGUUGUUUUGUUUUUGACCCCGCACGCCUUUCCUUGUAGUCGCUUCUGCCUGUGCAGCGCAUGAGUCCGUGAUGUCUUCGUUGCAUAUCGUGCCGGAUGAGCAGAGAUGGGUGCCUACACACGUCCAGGUGACUGUCCUGCGGGCCAGGGGCUUGAGGGCGAAAGGCAAGCACGGCACCAGCGACGUGUACACUAUUAUUCAGGUGGGGAAGGAGAAGUUUUCCACUUCGGUGGUCGAGAAGACGACUGCCCCGGAGUGGAAAGAGGAAUGCUCCUUCGAACUGCUGCCCGGGGUGCUGGAGGUGGGGGGACUGAGCGCCUACCCCCCAGGGAGCGGUGACCUGGUCCUCACCGUGAUGCACCGAGCUUUGAUCGGGCUGGAUGUGUUCCUGGGACAAGCCACCAUCCCCCUCGACAAAGUGUUUCAAGACGGGACGAGUCUGAGAAACGAGUGGUACAAGCUGCACUCCAAGUCAGGGAAGAAGGAGAAGGAGCGUGGUGAGGUCCAGAUCACCGUACAGUUCACUCGCAACAACCUGACGGCCAGCAUGUACGACCUGUCCAUGAAGGACAAGUCUCGCUCCACUUUUGGGAAACUCAAGGACAAGAUGAAGGGGAAAAAGCGCGGGGAGGUGGAGUCGGCCUCCGCCAUCGUGCCCAGCGGCUUCGGGGCCCUCUCUGGGCGGGGGGGCAGCCGGACGGCCAGCGAGGGGGGCGCAGAGGAAGAGGAUGACGAGGAAGGAGGACCGAAAGAGGGGAAGAAGAACCGCAUGAAGAACUUCUUCCAGAAGAACAAGCUGCGCAAGUCGUCGGACACGCGCUCCAACACCUCCCUGGGCUCGGAGAGCAGCGUGUCGUCCUCUCCGGGGGGCAGCCUGAGCCCCACUGCAGGCAUCAGUGUGGUCGUGUCCGACCUGUCCAACUCGCCCAGCAACAGCAGCAGCCUGACGGUGGACAGCCCGGUCCACACGGUCCAGCCCUCGCCCAGACUGCAGACCCACAAGCGGGCGUUCAGCGACGAGGCGAGCCAGAUUGUGGCCACGCUGCCCCAGCCGCGCUCUGUGGAGACCCUGAAAGCCCAGAGUGGGGUGCUGUCCAAGUCCUCGCUGUGCAUCAACGGCAGCCACGUGUACAACGAGCCGACAGCCGCCGCCGCGGCCCCCUCGUCAACCCUGCCGGCCUCACUGGGGCUGAUGCCGAAGUCCGCGCCGCUCUCCCGCUCGCUGCAGAACCUGGCCAGGAAGAGCGAAGAGAAGACACCCUCUGACACCCGCAGGUGGUCUCUGGACAAGCCCGGGAAGGAGGCUGAGGAGAAGUUGGGAGUGCCGUCUGCUCCCGAGCACGCCGAGAGGGGUGGGGCAGCCUCUGCCCGGCCGGAAGGCAGGCCGGUCCAGGUUGCCACGCCGAUGGUCGCCGUGGCAGCGGCGGCGGAUCCCGCCGGCGAGGGGAAGAAGCACAAGCUGAACCUGUUCUCUCACGGUAGGAGCGACUCUGCAGGAAAGGGCGGCGAGGGCCCCAGGACCGCGGAGCAGAGCAGCGGCCCUGUCCAGCCGCCUGCAGAGGAAAAACACAAGGGCUGGUUCGGCUCCAAGGACGGACAGAACAAACCGAGCCUGGAAGUGUCUCCUAAGGUAGAAACCAGCUCAGACGCACCCUUUCACCUUUCAUCUUGGUCCCCUGAUCACCUCUUUGCUCCUUCUCCUGCUUCCGCUGUUGAUCCCUCCUUGCUGGGCAGCACACCCCAUGUUAACCCAUUCACUCCCUCACUGGCCACCACGCCCAUGUCUCCAUCCAACCCCUUUUUCAUUAGUCUCCAGUGUAACCCCUUCUUUGAAGAGCUCUUAGCUGACCAGGCACUAAAAUCUGCCACACCUGCUCCCUAUUUCUCCAGUUCUCCCCUCUGGGCCUCUUCAGCUCCCUCCUCCUGGCCCGCUGAUCCUGGUUCUGCCCAAGAUGGUGCUUGGAAGAGUGCGUCUGCCAACAACAAGAUGCAAACCAGUGGUUUGAUUACCAGGCAAAGCUCGGUACCUGCAUCUCUUUCAGGGUCAGGUAUGUCAGGGGAUACUCGGAGAACCAAGCUGUUUCCUCCCCGCUCCAUGUCCGAGAUUACAGGGGAAUGGGAUGAGUCAUUUGACAUUUUUGCUACCAGCAGACUGAGAUCUGGGCAAAAAGACAUGAGCUUGCCCAAAUUGCCAAAAGAAUCAACAUUCCACUCAUCUCUAAAAGGGUAUUCGUCACCUACGGCUGAGAGGAGCUCAUCAUUUUCUGUUCAAUGUGGAGAUCUGCCACCAGUGCCUCCGCGUAAGUCUGUGCGGGGUGUAGUUCAAGACGGGGACGGAGCGAGCUGGCUGGACCGGGCACAGGAAUUUGCAGUCAAGAAAGAAGCCAGACUUCUGUCUCAGGCAGACGCUUCUUCCAUGCAGCUCCGCAGGCAAGGAGAUCAGGGCAAAGGCGAGCCAACUCCGCUGCAGGAACCAGCACUCGAACCAAAGGAAGCUGCAGCUUCCCCUUUGAAGGAAAUGGAGGAAGAAGCGAAGAUGAAGGUGCAAACACCUGAAGGCAAUGCUAAGCCUCUGGGGCUGAGUUUGACACCGAAGUUUGUGAGCACAUGUUCAGUAACAUUCAUGAAAAAGUCACAAGGUCUAGAAGGUACACAAGGCCCAGAUGCACACUUGGGCCGGAUUAGUCAUCAGUCUCACCCACAAAGCCAUGAAGUAAGCUUUGAACUAGACAAAGCCAAGGAGUCUUUUGCCUUGAGCCCUGAAGGAACUGUCGGAACCUCAGGAAGUGAAGUGGAUAGUGGAACAAGAAGCUUAUCUGAUCAAGAAGUUGGUUCUGAGUUGUCUGAGUGUGAACUAGACAGGAAUGUAAGUACCUCACUGGCCUUUACCCAGGAAGCCACCGAUAGCGCAGGAAGCGAAACAGAUAGUGGGACUAAAAGCCCAGCUGUUUUUGGCAGAUGGAACUUAGACAGUAAGCCAGAUUCGCAUCGAGAGAGUUUGAUGGUCAAACCAGACAUCUGUUCUAACAACUCAAUCAGUCCAUUCAGUGGGAUUUCCCCAUCUGUGUCACAGGCCAUUGCUGAUAGCUCAGCCCACUCAUCUCCUGAAUUCUUGGGGCAAGUGUCAAAGACCUCUGCUACUAAGUCUUCUGAUCCACCCCUGGAUAUUUGUGAAAUUCAGGCAGUUGACUAUCCUGCAGCUGGUACUAGUGCACCAUGUGCGAGUCUGCAGUCUACAGAUACUGUGCUGGUGGGCUCCACACUUGAAGCAUUCACAACUGAUCUUGAACCUAACCGCAGUGGCGAAAUAGAAGAUCUGGUUACCUGUGGUAUCCAGCCUACUAAAACCAUUAUGCAUGAGCUAGACAUAAGCAAACACAAAUCAUUUGAUUUGUUUGCUGACGUCGAUACAGAUGCCUAUCAGAGCUUGUCUGUCGAGCCUCUGAGUUCAACCAACAAAGUUGUUUAUGAUGCACUGUUUCAAGAUGUCUUGAAGGAUGUGGACCCCCCUGCUAAAAUAGUCACAACGGCAGUGCAUUCUCUUGCCAUUGAGCAUCUUGAGGCAUCUCCUGCUGAAGAUUACAUCAGGUCAGAUGGGACAACCAGUUCCUACCCAGAAACAAAGAUGGCGGUGUCUGUACUUCCAGCAGUGGUAGAUGUUGAUGUUAGAUCAUUGCCUGCUUUGCCUGAGGAAGAAGUGGAUGAAGUGAACCAGGUGGUUUUGCCUGUAGCAUCAUCUAGAAGUGUCAUUAUGAAUGAUGCUCUCCCUGCACUAAUAAAUACCUUCACAGCUGGACUUCCUGAAAGCUCAUGUGUCAGCCAUGGCAGUGGACCUGCAGCUGGACAGCCGUGUGCCUCUUCCAAGUCAUUUGAAGUGUUCUCUCCUGCUACAGAGCAGAAUUUGGAAGAAACAUUAGUAUUGUCAACUCAGCCUACCACAAACCUAAAGUGCAUGAGCCCACUUUUGAAAGAAAAAGACUUAGCUUUACCUUCAGAUACUGCUGAUGCUAUGAGAGGAGAUGACAAAAAGAAAAAUGACAAAGGCUUAACCAUUUUGCAGGUGGAAUCGAGUGUUUCUGCUGGAAAGGGAGCUGAGAGCCCUUUGAUGGGGUUUGAUGGUUGUGUACAAAGCAGCAGAGCAGUCUGUGAUCGUGAUGAGCUGGUUCGUAUAGAAUCCAGCACACCAGAGGUUCUGGACCUUCAUACUGCAGUGAAGCUGGGGGAAUCUUUCGGAUUGCUGAGAGACGCCCUGGAGACUAACCGUAGAGGCCUCCCAUCAGAAGUAGUGGAUGAAACUACUUCAGAUCGUGUUUCCCAGUCUUCUAACAGUGCAAGUACAAGUGAAGAGCCUGCAGUGUUAGCUGCAGUCAAGCAGGAAACAAUUGUGCCCCCAUGUAAACCUCCUAGGCUUCAUGAUAAGCAUUUCCCAGACAAAUCGGAGGACCGUUCCAUAAUUAAAGUAGCUGAGCAUGUGGAAGUUGAAGAUGCGCUGAAGAUGAAGGACAACAGAGCAAAUGAAGUGCGGUCUGUGGAGUGUCUGCUGAAAAUGAGUACUGUUCUCAGUUCCAGUGAAAAGAUUGCUUCGGACCACUAUGGAACUAGUAAAUUCCAGUUUCCUCCGGAGGGGUUGGACCCCAUGAUGAGCAUUCAAGACAAAGGGGUAAGUGCAGGUGUGCUAGACCUAUCUUCACCUUUUGAAAUCAUUAGCGAAGAGCAGAACAUAGAAACAUGGAAAUUGCAGCCUAGCUCCCCCAGUUCGCAGGUCAAAGAGGACUCUUCUGUGGCCCUCCAGAGUAAAUUGGAUAAAAGCUGGUUGACUAACGAAGGUGGUUUUGAAGUGAAGGAUGAACUUAACACUUCUGAUUUGAUGAUCUGGUCAGCCGAGAACUUGGAAGAGCCCUCUCCUUUCCAGGAGAAGGAAGGUGUCAGUCUCUCUGAGAAAUUUAGUGUUGUCAACAGAUUGAAGAGCCAACCCACACAAUCCGAGAGCUUCACAGCUGCUACUGCAUUGUCAAGCUCUUACCAUGUAACUGCUCCUGAGAAUACAAAACAGAAUGAAGGGAAACAGCCUCUAGAGUCUAAGGACAAUGACCGUCUUUCCACGACAUUAAAUUGUUCUGAGCACCAACCAUCUGGGAAGCAAAGCAGGACUCCCGGCACCCAGCUGACAUCUCCCGGGGAUUUUUCCUCCGGCAUAUCCCAGGACCUAGUGAUAGACCUGAAGCCAGAGGACAUUUGCAGACCUCUUAAGACGCGACUCUCUGAUGAAAAUCCUUUUCAGGACGCCUCGUACCCUGCCAUGUUUGGAAAAAACAACCCCUUUUCUCGGUCCUUUGCGGCAGCAGACCCCCUUCCCUCAUCUACACAGCCCUGUCGGAAGAAAGAGGAAGCACCGGGCAGCAUUAACUUUCCUGAAGACCAGUCCAGGCCCUUUCUGCAUGAUGGCACCCCCCUGGCUUCCUCCACCCCUUCCUUAGUGGCUGCAGCUAACUCCAAGUUAACCCACCUCCCCUCCCCCGUCCUGUCCUCUUCGACUUUGAGGCCAGCAACAGGGACCGCCCAGGCCGCCGCCCCCUCCUCCUUCUGCCCUCCACCACCGAUUGCUUCAGCGUUCGCGGUUUUGCCAGAGGAGACACAGCCGGCUGAAGGCUUCCUGCCGAAUCCCAGGAGCAGCCCCCACCCAGUGAAGCCCCUCAGCACCUCCGCCCACCACGAGGAGAAGAAGGCAGAGGGCCGCUCGGUGCUGGCCAGCGGGCUGGAGAAGCUCAAGUCCACCAUCGCCCCGGGGAGGACCACCCCCCAUAGCGAGCCUGAAGCUGAGAGGAUCAAGUCGCUGGCCUCAGAUGGCGCCGCCCGUUAUUACCACUUGACCCACGACGAGCUCAUCACCCUGGUGCUGGAGAAGGAGGCGGAGCUCGAGAAGAAGGGGGCGGAGCUCAAGAAGAUGGCAGGGCAGGUGCAUGACCUAGAGGAUUACAUUGACUCCCUGCUGGUGCGCAUCAUGGAGCAGACGCCCACUCUCCUGCAGGUCAAACCUGCGGGCAAAUAGAUGGGGGCAUCCAGAGCUCGAUUCUUCCACACUGCGUCUCCCUCCCCAGCCCAGCACUACACCGACAUGCCAACACAGACUUCGCCAAAGCAAGGCAGCAGCAACACCAGAAAGCCUGCUGGUGCUCUGACUUUGCAUGCUUGCUCCUUCGAUGUUCCCGGGGGUGGGCAGGCUCUUGGAUUUGCACUUCAUUUCCAAACUGAAACAGGUUAGCACUUAUGUAAGAAUCUCCAGUCCCAGCCCCAAGAGAGUGUUGUGAAGAGUGUCUGUUAGGGACGCUGGCUCUCCUCCCGUGUCCUCUGUGAGCCUGUGUCCAUACUGGGCAUGGGGCUGUACCUGGUUUCCUCUGAUAACGAGCUACAUGUCAAAUCGGUACAUGAAAUCAACCAGUGUGUAAACACCUAAACAGGUAUUAAGUCAGUUUCAUCUGAGCUUCUAGAGCAUUUGGAGUUCUGGGAAGUCAGUGAAUUGCCUGUGACUUCUGAUAAGAAUUCCUUUGCUUUUUGACAGUAUUGGGGGAAAAAACAGAUUUCGCAGUCUUAGAACAGGCAUUUGGCACUGUGACAUGUUGCACUACUUAAAUAUUUAGCAACAUAGCGAAGACAGAGGGACAGUUCAUCUUUACCUACCCCCGCAGGUCAAGUGUUGAGUCAUUGACUCGGUCCAAAACCACCUUCUCUUCUUCUCCAGUAAAUCGUCUCGGAAUGUAUUGUAUCCAAAUCUUCCUGUUGCUCUUUGCCUGACCAGAUCCCCCUCGCUUCGGCAAAAGUUCACAUAGCUAUGCUGCUGCUAAGUAUCUCAAAUGGAAGGGAAGUGUUUUAACACCGUUUGACAAUGCCAAAUGCUGCCUUAUUUUAUUUUUUCCUUUCUUUCAACACUUUAUUUUAAGAAAGUUACGCUUAGUCUUCCAUUUUCAAAGUGAAUGAGAAAAACGAACAACAACAUGUAAGCCAUGGUGUAAAUAUGUAAAAUGUGUAAAAAAUAUAUAUGGAAUGCCUGAAAAAUAUCAGUCUUUCCAGGAUGUUUCAAAGACGGCUUGUAUACUUAAACUGAGUCUUGUAUUGGACUGUUUCCUGUAUUGCUUGACUGGUUCCAAUGUGCAUUCCACUUAAUCUGAGGUCUGCUCAGGGAACUGUUAAAACCAAGGAGCUGGAGAGUGGAUCAUUGAGGUCUCUUCCUUCCCUGUGAAAGAUCACAUCCUCAGGUUUUACCAACCGGCCUGUGACGUCUCCGCGUUUGGUGUACAGGGCGAUCGCUGCUUCUCAUGUAAAGUCAAGCUUUCUCCCAUAUUGACAACAGCUUGCUAAUUAAACUGAGCAAACACAUGCCCCCAUAGUACAGUAGGUGCCAUUCUGCUGUUUGUAGCUUGCUCACAAACAUGCUGUGAAAGUCAUUGUGUCAUACUCCGCACUGCGCUGUCCUCAAAUCCAGCACUGCUCAAACAAAUAGCAAUAGACAGCUGGGAGUCAAACUGUUAAUCCUGCCUUUUAAUGUUCCCCUCUUUGGGAGACACAUCCCCGAGGGGAUGCUCCCUUGACUGUUCCAGGGCACACUGAGCUGCAUGGUGUCUUUUAUUGACAGAUGUAUUUAAAUGUCAUCAAACACUAUGUGAUGGGAGUUAUGCCUCUUAAUCAAAGGGGCUUUCCUGCAGCUAAUGCAGGAGCUAAUGAUCUCUUCAUGCCCGGUGACAUAGAGUGCGUCUAUAUUAUCGUCUCACAUGCCCCUCCCUCCCCAAUAACUACCUUGUGGUUUACUUGACAGCAGUCGCUCAUUACAUUGCUGUCUGCGUCCUGGAUUCACAUCUGCUCUGAUGUGAGAAUAGACCGAGCCUCUCGAUGAGCGUAAUCAGUUGUAUUCCCACAUUCCUGCAGGGGAUUGGCUAACACAUGGUACAUAGCUGCAAGAGUGCAUUUCCUGGUUGGCAGGGGUAGUUACUGAGGAUGGCUGAUGGCUGGGCUUUGAGGAAAUGAAGUUGCAAAAUUUCGCUUUCUCCAGCAGGGGGCCACAGUAUGUUUUUGUGGGUUCAAGCAAGAGACGAAGACUCAGCAGAGUUUCCAGUAUAAUGCACACAGUGCCACUUUUGAAAUAAGAAGAAAAAGUUUACAGUUCUAUUAAUGAUGUUUCUGUUACACUCUUUUAUAUAUUUAAUAAUAGAAAGUUUGCUUCUUGUUCGUGUAUAAUUGCUGUUGUGUUAAUAAAAAUUGAUGUUAAGCACUUUGCAAAUAAAAAUUCACAAAAAC